AUGAGUUCUCGUAGUUUUCGCUUGGAGACGAGGAGCCGAGCCAGAGAUGAGAUCAAGAGGAUCAUGCAGACGGUGGAGAAGGUCCGGAAGUGGGAGAAGAUCUGGAUAGAGACUGGCCUUUCCAACCAUCUCAAGGUCUACAAGUGGGUGCCAGUGAGAGAUGAUGGGAAGAAAGUGGAGGAGAAUGAACCGGAGCCUGGGAAGACAGGCGAGCAGACCAGAGGAAACAAAAAUGAUACUACGCUGCCAGAGAUCCUCCCUGGGCUGCCAGAGAUCCUCCCUGCCAAGGAUCUGGGGACUUCACUGGAGCCAGCCCAGCUAGCCUCGGGUCCGCCUGACCUUCUGCUGGAAUCUGAGACCAGCUCACAACCUCCUCCACCAUCCUCUGGUGGUCAAGGCAGUAAUAGCACACCAGAUGAAGUGCAAGAGAAAGUGGAUUUUGAGAAACGGAGGGAGAGACAGACGCUAAAGGACACUGGCAAACACACCGUAGAACAUGAAGACAGACCUCGAUCCCCUCAUCAGCAUUAAUUGUCCUCUCCUCACCAAAACCACACAUUCUUGUACCACUUCGAUCACUCGGCAUCAUCAAAACAUAUAUUAUUGAGGUCAUAAAAUAAUGAUUACAAAACUCGUGUUGCUCUAGAGGCCUGUAAAAUAAGGCCACUGAACUGAUGAUUGACACAACACACACUGACUGACGUACAAACACAAUGAUGUGAACACAAAAGAAUGUUUGGUAUGUGGGGUGUGGUUUGGGCGGAGUUAGUUCAAAUGUGAUGACAGCUUCAGGAGAUCUUCGCUGGAGCGAGACAGGGCAGUUGGGACGGAGGGAGAUCGACCAAUCGGGGUCUUCUUACGAAGCACCUUUGACAAGAUGUCCCAGAGGGUGGAAAAUGGAGGUCUCUUCCUGGAGUCAUGCUGCCAACAGUCCCAUACCAAGUCCUUGAUCCUCUUUGGUGCAUCUCGUAAUGGGAUGUCUUGACGGCGGCCCCGCCCCACCUGGUAUAUCACCAUGGUAAUGUCGAUAGGGAAGCCGGUGCUGUCGUGGGAGGGGCAAGGAUAACGCCGAGUCAGCAUCUCAUAGAACACAGUUC